CCGGGUUUCAGUGUCAUAGCCAAGCAGGGUGGUAACAGAAACCAGUGAUUCAAUGAAUGUAUGCCGAUGCCAGUGCCAAUGCGAGUGCCCAGAAAGAGUGCCUUGUUCAGAAACGAUAGCGCAUCGAGGUGCCUGUAUUGUAAAAUUGGUCUGUGGCCUGGCCAGUAGCGUGCGUUGGCGCUGGGCCUGGUCAACACAGGGCAUCUUUGCAAAUCGACCGAUGACGUCCUCGAUCAACAUCGUCGCCCUUAGCAAACGUCAACGUCACUGACCACACUCCCUUUCUCCAGCCCAGCCAAGACCACGCCAACCACUGCCCGGAUCCAGCCAUUACCGUGUAACUCUCGUACCUGCCUGUCACGGGCAGUCUCCCUUAGAAAAGUAUAUCUAAUCCUGUCUCUCUCCUGCCUCGUACCAGGAGCUCUUACAUUAUUUCAAAUCCCGUCCAAUACCAAUUCCUACCUAAUACAAUACCCAACUGCUUUGUGAUACCCAUCCCUUACCAGAGGAUACCAAACAACAGCUUCUUCAUUUGUUACCUACGCCUACGCUACGCAACGCAACGCAUCCUCCCCUCUCAUAAUAAGAUCGACUUCUGCUUCGUCUCUUAUCCACUACAUCAUCGUCACCUCAACUCUAAAAAAGAGUUAACGUCCUAACACUUUUAACGUCAUACUUUUCCGUGGCAUAACGACUUAAUAACGAGAUACCCCAUACACUUUUGCCCAUCAUGCCCGGAGCCCCAGAUGUCAACAAACCUACAGACAUCAAGACGAAGGAGGCCGAUGUCAACCGAAAGCUCCAAGUCUACGGAAUCAUUUCUGCCUUCCAGAACGGCAAGGUUCCUUCGAACGACCAAAUUGAUGUCGCUCUAAGCAGUUUCCUCGCCUCUCGCGCCCUCUCUGGUCGCCACGAGAAGCUCUCCGCUGAGGGUCAAGAGCUCGUCAAGGAUGCCGCCAACGCCAUUAAGCAAGCCAAGUACCUCCUUCUGUCCAAGAACGAAGGCAACCUGAUUCAGGAUUUCAUCUGGCAGACCACUCAGUUCGACCCCAAGAGUGUCAACACACCCAAUGCCCCCAUCAGCAAGGACGCUGCCAAGCAGGAUGGUGACCAAGCUCUUGAGGGUUUGAGAACCCUUGGCCAGCUUCUCAUCACCAACGGACAGUUCCGAAAGCUUCUUUCUGAUGCUACAGUCCUCUUCCGCGAUAUGGCUGGCGAUGCUGCUACCAACGCUGCUGCCCGUGUCCGCCCCUCUCAGGAGCAGCUCCGACAGAUCGACGAGCCUGCUCAGGACAAUGUCUGGCAUGAGGCUCCCGACUUUUCCAAGGACAACCUGAAGCAGCAGGCUAAGGGCUUCUACAGUGGAAACCCCAAGGAGGAUGCCAAGGACGUCGCUGCUGCUGGUAUCAACGCUGCCGCUCCCGGACAGCUCCAGCAGAACCAGCAGGCCAAUGCUCAGCAGGGCACUUACCCUCAGGUCACCACCGGUACCGAGACUGGUAAUGUGCCUUCCAGCUCCGUGCCUGCUUCAACCGACGCCGCUCGUGACGCCGCUCGCCAGACCGACCCCCAGGCUGGUAAGAGUGCCGCUAAGCAGGCUGCUGAGGCCAAGCUCGACAACAAGGUCGACCCCGAGACCAAGGAGAGCAUCCUGCAGCGCAACGAGGAGUACCGUCGCAAGGCCCGCAACUACUUCGAUAAGAAGAUGCCCCAGGAGCGUAAGGACCAGACCAUCUGGCGUCUCAAGAAGAUGAUUCUGGAGUGCCAGCAGCACGAGGACUACUCUCAGGCCAUUCAGACUCUUCUGCGCCUGGCUGAGACUUACAGCCGCCACGGCCGCACUCUUGGCCAGGGCUCUACCGAUACUGCCAAGGACGCACGUGGUGGCCUUGCUGCCGCCGAGCGUGACCUCCGCACUAUCAUUGAGCGAUUCGCCAACGGCACCUCCACUGAGGAUCUUUGGGAGGCCAUCGGCCAGAUUUACCGCGACGCUGAUAACGACCGUGAGCUCAAGGACUGGUUCAAGGCUAUGGACUCUUACAUCCGCCGAUGCCUCCUUCAGCAGGGUUACAUCCUCGAGGAUGAGUCCACUCGUGAGUGGGAUCAGCUCUACGACCAGGGACGAUACCUCCUCCGCAACAAAUACCGCGGUCACACCGACCGUGUUGUCGAUGAGAUCAAGUUCCUUGCCGACCAGUUCGACCAGGACCCUCAGAACCACGCUUUUGCCGAGUCUCUCCAGAAGCUGUUCAAGGACCUUGGCAACGACCAGGAUGGCAAGCCUGUCUUCAAGCCUCAUCUGCUCAAGGACUUGAGGGAUGUCAUUCUCCCCGCCGCCCUUGAGAACAUUGCCUACAUCCCAAUUCCUCGAAUUGAGUACACCGACUCCCAGGUCGAUGCUAUCAUCGAGAACCUAGUCCUUGAGAGUGACAACUUUGCCCCCAACAUCUUCGAGGUUUCCAGCGAGCACUACUUCCGAUGGGGCCGCAAGAAGAUCGCCAACAAGAGCCAUCAGACCGUCGAGGUCAAGGUUGCUGGCAUCCAGAUGGAUCUUCGUGAUGUGAGCUUCCACAUCAAGCGCAAGCAAGGUUUCCCUUCUAUCACCGACACUGGUGUUGCUGACAUCAUCCUCCCUGGUGAUGGCUUCUCCUUCAAGAUGAAGGUGUCUACCGCCGACAAGAAGGAUCGCCAGAACUACUUCAAGGUUGAGAAGGUCGAUGUUGACUUCAACAAGCUCCAAAUCAAAGUCAAGAAGUCGAACCAUAAGCUGCUCUUCUCCUUGUUCAAGCCUUUCAUGCUCAAGGUUAUUAGCCCUCCUCUGCAGAAAGCUGUUGAAAAAGCCAUCAAGGACCAGUGCAACAAGUUCGACCAGCUGCUGUUCCAGGUUAAGCAGGAGGCUGACCGUGCUGCUGCUGAGGCGAAGAACCACCCCGAGAACGCCCCCAACAUCUACAACCGUUACUACACUGCUGCCCAGCAACAGUUUACUAAGGGCAAGAAGAAGGCUGAGGCGGCUGCUUCUGACAAGAAGGCCAACAUUGCUAUGACCAAGGAGGACAGCAUCUUCCCCAACAUCGACCUCCCUGGUGGCAUCAGCACCAAGGCUACCGAGUACAAGGAGCUUGCCCGUAAGGGCGAUAAGUGGGAGAGUCCUGUCUUCUCUAUCGGCUCCGCGAAGAAGAGCACUGACAUUCCUUCCGCUCCCAAGAUCCAGCGCAAGGCUCACCCCGUGUCAGAUCUUGGACCUAAGAACACUUCCAACGCUGACUACGACUUCUACCCUGUUGGUGGUAACACCCACACUGGUAAUGGUGCGUUGAACGGCGGCAACGGUCUCCAGAUUGGCAACGGUGCUGUUCAUGGCAAGCACCCUGCUGGUUUCACCAAUGGUCAGACCGGCCUGCCCACUGGCCAGGCUCCUCUCACCACUGGCCAGAUCAACCCCGUUUAAAAUCAAUGCGACGGAGAUGCCAAGUAGGCACAGGAAAAAUAAUAGUGGAGGAUUGUUGACGUUAUACCCAUGCUCAUGUACUUGAGUUGUCUUUAUUCUCUUUGUUUUUGAUACCACACUGGAAGCAAUGACGAUGGGUGGAUAAAGCACGAUGCGAGGAUUGUGCUUGGUUAAGGAAAACUACAGGUUUAUUAAUUAGUGAUGUGACGGCCGUUUCCUUUGUUACGAGGGUAUACACGAUUGGUUGAUAGUUGAAAUUGACUUCUCUACCGUUGAUGUCUUUGUUCUAUUGUGAUGUGAUGGCGUGAUAUGCAGCGUUGGAAAGGCUUCGAGGGUCGAACAAAUCAACGAGUUUUCUCCCUGAAAUACCGUGGUUGGCCCUAUAUGCAAUAAAAGGCCUGACUGUUGAACAAAG